AUGAGUAGCCAUUCUCAAGUCAGCCUGUGUAGCAGUGCAAGCACUGGUGCAGUGCAAGCACUGGAGCUCGCCUCCUCUCCCACCUCAUCUCUCAACAUCAUUCCACCCGUUUGUUGCCUUUCCCUCCUCCCUCCCUUCCACCACCACCCAGGCAGCAGCCAUUCUCGGGCAGCAGCCAUUCUCGGGUCAGCCUGUGUGGCAGUGCAAGCAGUGGUGCUGGCCUCCUCUCUCGCCUCCUCCAUCCCCUCCCGCAUCUCCCUCUCCUGGCCCAAACCCUCCUCCUCCCCUUCCUCCUCUCCCUCCUCCUUCCCUUCCUCGUCUCCUCCCUCCUCACCAUCUCCCACCUCUGCGGCUGCUGCAGCAGCAUCUGUGUCAGCAGCAAUCGAACAGCUGCUACCACCAGCAGCCAACACCCAAGUCACGGCGCUAGCGAGAAUCCCAACACCAGCAGCGGCCGUCUCAGCAACAAUUGAACAGAUGCUACCACCAGCAGCCAUCGCCCAAGUCACCACUCUUAUGCCCAUGCCUGUGCAAGGCAGCGCCCCCUCCGCUCUCGUGCUCUUCAAUCCCAACCAGCUACCAGCACUGUCUGGCCUGGGCAUGAGAGAAAUAAGGGUGGAGCCUCGGGCCUCCGUCACUUUACCUGGUGUUGGUGCUGCUGCUGCGGGUGGAAUUGGAGGAGGUGGGGGUGGGGGCGGUGGAAACGGUAGCAUGGAAUUGCAAGCAACAGGCAGGAGCGCUUCGUCUGCUUCUCCCUCCUCCUCUGCUGCGCUGCCCUCCUUGCUGGAUGAUAGGGCGCUCUGGGUGGUGUGUGCUGUGCGCCUGCUGCUGCUGCCCAUGCUUGGGACCAUUGGAAUCAUGGCGCUGUACAAAGCCAGGCUGAUUCCCCAAGACCCCAUCUGUGCUCUCACCCUCAUGAUCCAAACCGCCAUGCCAUCGGCACAGAAUCUCGUGCUCAUGUCGCAACUAAGCCCCGCCACCAAGCCUCUGGCGGGAAUGCUGGCCUCGCUCAUGCUGCGACAGCUCAACCCAAUAGCAAUACCCAAGCCUCCCCCUCUCUUGCAUAUUUCCCUCCUUCCCCUGCAGUACGCCAUAUCCAUGCUCCCCAUCACAGUGUGA